AUGUGUAUAAGAGACAGCCCCUGGACAGGUGCAAGCUUGCCCUCCAUGUCUCGCCAGAUGGGUGGUGGUGGGAGUGGUGGUGGUGGACGGAUUGACCGAGAACCGCUCGCUCGGAAACCACAGGCGGUUCAUCUCUCCGGCAUCCCUGCAAAAGACAGGGCAGGCCGGGGCCCUGUAAUCGCCGCUGGUGCUGCAACCCCGUCUGUUCUGACCCUCUGCUGGUCUGCUCGUGUCUUUGACUUUGAUUUGAUGUGA